UGGAGUUUUUACAUACAACAUGGCAGACAUUGACAACAAAGAACAGUCUGAACUUGAUCAAGAUUUGGAUGAUGUUGAAGAAGUAGAAGAAGAAGAAACUGGUGAAGAAACAAAAAUCAAAGCGCGUCAGCUGACUGUUCAGAUGAUGCAAAAUCCUCAGAUUCUUGCAGCCCUUCAAGAGAGACUUGAUGGUCUGGUAGACACACCAACAGGAUACAUUGAAAGCUUGCCUAGGGUAGUUAAAAGAAGAGUGAAUGCUCUCAAAAACCUUCAAGUUAAAUGUGCACAGAUAGAAGCUAAAUUCUAUGAGGAAGUUCAUGAUCUUGAAAGGAAGUAUGCUGUUCUCUAUCAACCUCUAUUUGAUAAGCGAUUUGAGAUCAUUAAUGCAAUUUACGAACCUACAGAAGAAGAAUGUGAAUGGAAACCAGAUGAGGAAGAUGAGAUUUCGGAGGAGCUGAAAGAAAAGGCCAAAAUUGAAGAUGAGAAAAAGGAUGAAGAAAAAGAAGAUCCUAAAGGAAUUCCUGAAUUUUGGUUGACUGUUUUUAAGAAUGUUGACUUACUCAGUGACAUGGUUCAGGAACAUGAUGAACCUAUUCUGAAGCAUUUGAAGGACAUUAAAGUGAAAUUCUCAGAUGCUGGCCAGCCUAUGAGUUUUAUCUUAGAAUUUCACUUUGAGCCCAAUGAAUAUUUCACAAAUGAAGUGUUGACAAAGACAUAUAGGAUGAGAUCUGAACCAGAUGAUUCUGAUCCCUUUUCGUUUGAUGGACCAGAAAUUAUGGGCUGUACAGGGUGCCAAAUAGAUUGGAAAAAAGGAAAAAAUGUCACUUUAAAAACCAUUAAAAAGAAGCAGAAACAUAAGGGACGUGGGACAGUUCGUACUGUGACUAAAACAGUUUCCAAUGAUUCUUUCUUUAAUUUUUUUGCUCCUCCUGAAGUUCCUGAGAGUGGAGAUCUGGAUGAUGAUGCUGAAGCUAUCCUUGCUGCAGACUUUGAAAUUGGUCACUUCCUACGAGAGCGUAUAAUCCCAAGAUCGGUGCUGUACUUCACCGGGGAAGCCAUUGAGGAUGAUGAGGAUGAUUAUGAUGAAGAAGGUGAAGAAGCGGAUGAGGGUUAUCAGCUCUUUGAAGAAGUCAAAAGCUGCAGUAAACUUUUUCAACAUUGGCUGCAGUAAAUCUUUUCAAUAAAAGCUAUCUGGAUGUCUCAAGUUGUGUUGGGAAAUUUUUCAUAUUAGAAACUUGCCAGUUAAAUUGUAUUAUCACCAAACUCUGUAAUUAUGAAAAAUCUGUUGACCCAUAGAGUAAAUUGCAUUGAAUUUCCCCUACAUUAUGAGCCAAUUUUUCCUGCUGUGUGCCUGC